CUUAGUGCGAAGGACAAAUCCGAGCUGCACCCGCUACGGCCCAGCUAAGGACCGCCAGUGUGUGCGCGUGAGUUUGAGCGUACGAGCAGCUGUGGCGCCCGGCUGCUCGACAGCGAACGUUCCCCUGCAGGCGAUAAACUGCAUUCAGUUGAGACUGCAAGACUGAGAGGAGUUGGGGUGACUAGAAAGGUUUAUUCAAGUAAAAAUGUCCAAAAAAAUCCAAGGUGGUUCUGUGGUAGAGAUGCAAGGAGAUGAAAUGACACGAAUCAUUUGGGAACUGAUUAAAGAAAAACUCAUUUUUCCCUAUGUGGAACUGGAUCUGCAUAGCUAUGAUUUAGGCAUAGAGAAUCGUGACGCUACCAACGACCAGGUGACCAAGGAUGCUGCAGAAGCUAUAAAGAAGUACAAUGUUGGCAUCAAGUGUGCUACUAUCACCCCCGAUGAGAAGAGGGUUGAGGAGUUCAAGCUGAAACAAAUGUGGAAAUCACCAAAUGGCACCAUCCGAAACAUUCUGGGUGGCACUGUCUUCAGGGAAGCUAUUAUCUGCAAAAAUAUCCCCCGACUUGUGAGCGGAUGGGUAAAACCCAUCAUCAUAGGUCGUCAUGCUUAUGGGGACCAAUAUAGAGCAACUGAUUUUGUUGUUCCUGGGCCUGGAAAAGUAGAGAUAACCUUCACGCCAAGUGAUGGAAGUCAAAAGGUGACAUAUCUGGUACAUAACUUUGAAGAUGGUGGUGGUGUUGCCAUGGGGAUGUACAAUCAAGAUAAGUCAAUUGAAGAUUUUGCACACAGUUCCUUCCAAGUGGCUCUGUCUAAGGGUUGGCCUUUGUAUCUGAGCACCAAAAACACUAUUCUGAAGAAAUAUGACGGGCGCUUUAAAGACAUCUUUCAGGAGAUAUAUGACAAGCAGUAUAAAUCCCAGUUUGAAGCCCAGAAGAUCUGGUAUGAACAUAGGCUCAUUGACGACAUGGUGGCCCAAGCUAUGAAAUCAGAGGGAGGUUUCAUCUGGGCCUGUAAAAACUAUGAUGGUGAUGUGCAGUCAGACUCUGUGGCCCAAGGUUAUGGCUCCCUUGGCAUGAUGACCAGCGUGCUAGUUUGUCCAGAUGGCAAGACAGUAGAAGCAGAGGCUGCCCACGGGACCGUGACACGUCACUACCGCAUGUACCAGAAAGGACAGGAGACAUCCACCAAUCCCAUUGCUUCCAUUUUUGCUUGGACCAGAGGGUUAGCCCACAGAGCAAAGCUUGAUAACAACACUGAGCUUGGCUUCUUUGCCAAGGCUUUGGAAGAAGUCUGCAUUGAGACCAUUGAGGCUGGCUUCAUGACAAAGGACUUGUCUGCUUGCAUUAAAGGUUUACCCAAUGUGCAACGUUCUGACUACUUGAAUACAUUCGAGUUCAUGGACAAACUUGGAGAAAACUUGAAGAUAAAACUAGCCCAGGCCAAACUUUAAGGCCAUACCUGGGCUUAGGAAAACAAGUGUUUUUGGUAACUAGGUCCACAGGUUUACAAUUUUUUUUUUUUAUAACACUCAAGAGUAAUGACAAAAUCAGUUUUGUAAUUUGUUUUGAAGAGAGAGUUGAUCUUUUCUAUAAGUUUACAGUCUUUUUCUUAUUCAUACAGUUAUUGCCACCCUCAUGAGUGUGGCAGGGAGCCUUUAAAAGCUGUACUUUAUUUUCUAGAAACACCUAGGAAUUACGUUGGUACUCAUUCAUACUGUCACCUUUUUCUCAUGUUCAGAUGGAAAUGACCAAAAUCAAGAGUGCUCAAAAGGAUAAAAUAUGUGUACAGAAGAAAUUUACUCUCUUCCCCUGUAUCCCUAACUAUGGGCACUGGGAGGUUUUGGUGUUACGGGUGUCCUGUUAUGCGAGGUAUAGCUGUCACUGAACUUGCACAUGAUUGGAAAAGAGUGUAUGAGUGUUGCUAAAAUGUGUUAAAGACACUGCCGUCAUUUUUGUGCAGAACUUAUUGAAUGUGUCCAUUGUGCUAUGUAUUUUGAGACCAGUUCAGAAUCCAGAAUGAGUACUGCCUAGAGGUUUGCCUCUGUGUUUGUCUCUUCCUCAUCCAGGCCUGGCCUGAGUAUUAUGCUACCCCUAAAUAGCAUACUUCAUC